CACACAGGAUUUGGUUUCUAUUUAUCAUCGCCACAAACACUUUGUUUGGAUAAGAAACUAACAUAUUUGAGAGGCAUUAAAAAAAUUGUAAUUGUAAAAUACAAGGUAUGUUUUCUUUUUAUUCAAACAAAAGUGCUCAUCACGAUAAUGACGACGCUCAAAAUGAAAGUCAGAAAAUGAAGGGAGCAGUUCACAGUCUUUUAGAAGAGAGCAUCCGUCCAUACAUUGACCUGAUCGACACUCUGCGGUCAGUUGGCAUUGACAAGGACUUGGCAUUACCGACUAUUGCAGUGAUCGGAGACCAGAGUUCUGGGAAAAGCUCUGUGUUGGAAGCGAUUUCUGGAGUUGCACUACCAAGAGGAAGCGGAAUUGUCACCAGAUGUCCACUAGAGCUGAAGCUGAAGAAGGUUACUGGUGGAGUCAGCUGGAAGGCUGUUAUAUCUUAUAAUAAUAAGAAAAUAGAAUUUCUGGAUUCCUCGCUAGUUGGAAAACAAAUUGAAGAAGCCCAGAAUGAGCUGGCAGGAAAAGGGGUAGGAAUAUGUCAUGACCUCAUCACUUUAGAGGUCAUGUCACCAGAUGUGUGUGAUCUCACACUAAUCGAUCUACCUGGAAUUGCCAGAGUCCCAGUCCCAGGACAACCAGAAGAUAUUGAAAGCAAGAUCAAAUGUCUGAUAAUGAAAUAUAUUGAGAGGCAAGAGACUAUAAACCUGGUGGUGGUCGCUUGUAACAUUGACAUUGCAACAACAGAAGCUUUAAAAAUGGCACAAAAAGUGGAUCCUGAGGGCAAAAGAACUGUCGCCAUUUUGACCAAGCCAGAUCUCAUAGACAGGGGAACAGAGAAGGACAUACUGGACAUUGUUCAUAACAAAGUGAUUCCUCUCAGCAAAGGUUACACGAUGGUGAAGUGUAGAGGACAACAGCAGAUCAAUGAUAAAAUUUCUCUGGAGGAGGCGGCAGAAAAAGAGAGAGAUUUCUUCCAAAAGCAUGACUUUUUCAGAUGCCUCUUGAAAGAAGAUAAAGCGACUAUUAAAUGUCUUGCCGUCAAACUGACUCAGCAUCUCGUUGAUCAUAUAAAAAAAUCUCUGCCACACCUCAAUGAGCAGAUAAAAAAACAGCUGUGGGACCUGAGGAAUAAGCUCAAAGAGUGUGAGGCUGGACCACCACAGGAUCCUAAGGGGGCCAAACUAUUCCUCAUUGAAACUAUUACAAGAUUCAAUGAUCAAAUCAAGUCCUUAUCAUCAGGAGAGCUGAUCAUUGAGAACAAUUUGUUUGUACAACUUCGGGCUGAAUUUAAGAUGUGGAAUGCUCAUCUUAAUGACACAAAGACAACCUUGAACAAUUCGACUCAAGAGAUGUUAGGAACUAUCCAGAGUUACAGAGGAAGGGAACUGCCCGGCUUCUGCAACUACAAAAUGUUUGAGGUGCUUCUGCAAGAGCAUGUGGCCAAACUUAAAGAACCAGCCAUCGUCUUACUCAAUUCCAUCAAAGCCAUAAUCACCAAGCAGUUUACUGAUGUAGUAAAUCAAUGCUUCCAGAAAUAUCCUGCUCUUCUAGACAUCACUACGGACAAAAUUCACAACAUUCAGUCAAUCCAACAAGAGAAGGCAGAACAGAGGAUCUCAGAGCAGUUUGAAAUGGAAGACAUGGUCUACACUCAAGAUGAAAUCUACUUAAAGGUCUUAAAUGAGAUCGCCAAAGAAGAGUUUUCAGAAGAGCAGUUACCUCUGUUUGACCUCAAAUGCAAGUACAGUGAAAUGCUGCAGUCAUAUUAUGAGAUUGUGGUGCAGCGAAUGGCUGACCAACUGCCCAUGAUGAUCUCAUUUUUCAUGCGGAAGCAGACUGCUCAUCUCCUGUCUAUUGACAUGUUGAGUUUACUGGAUGGGGCAAAUGUGAGCGAGCUCCUGUUUGAGGACUCUGACGUCGGUAAACAGCGCAAAGAAAUACAGGCUCGCCUGGAUCGUUUGAGUAUCGGUCAUGAAAAAAUUAGCAAUUUUAUCUGAGCAAUCUACUGACUAGAGGAAAUUAUCUGAAGGGCAUAAUCUUAAGAAUUAAGAAUUUAAUAAGUGGCAGGAUAUACACACACAGCAGAAAUGUACAUUUGGCCUUCACCUUGCGCUUGGAUACUGCUUUCCCUCCAUUUCAUCUUCAGCAAACCCUGA